GAUUCAAGAUCACGCAUCGGGCCGACCUCAAAGUUUCUUUGACACCGCCGAUUUUGCACGUCCGCGACUCGGAAUCUUUGCUUACGGCGCGUAUAAUGCGACGACCUUGUCAAAACCGCGCGGAUGAUGUCUGUCGUCAGCGUUAUUUUUAGCGGACUGUAUACGUAUACGCACACACGCGUGUCUAUGUAUCUCGAGAUAUUCUGUAGCUUUUCUCAUUAAACGUACAUUACGCUCACACGCGCUAUCUCAUCGCGUACGAUCAAGCUUUGAUUGAAAAAUUCGUUUCGGAGCAAUUGGGAAAUAACGAUGUAGUUUGCUCGUUAUAUAUAUCGCGGCCACUUGAAAUUCUAAUGCUAUGCUAAUCGCCGCUACUGCAGCUAUGUAUCACUUUUCGCUUCAAUUCCGAGGUGUAUUAAGACGAAGUGUAGCUGCGACUGAGAAAUUGGCUCGAUUUCAGUAGGCUUCGCGCGUUAGUCGCGAUCGAUCAAUAUUCAUCUCUAUCGCGUGUGUAAGGUCGGCUGCUGUGCUAUAGAGAAGAGAAUGAGUUUCUUGUAACGACGCGCCUAUAUGCUUUUUUUACCGCGAGUCAAGGAAACGAUAAUGCUUUAUCGUUAUAAACGAGAGGAUGUCGAGCGCAGCGUCGAUCGCCAUACUUCUGGCGGUCCUCGUCGCCGCCAGCGAUGCAGUUCCUUAUUCCAAGUACGGCAGGACCUGCAAGGACAUCGGCUGCCGUUCGAACGAGGUCUGCGUGAUGGCCGAGGACCCCUGCAGCCGGUACCAGUCCGACAACUCUUGCGGUCGUUACCCCACCUGCCAGAGGUCGUCCGAUGGAGGCGAGAGCUGUACCACGAAAAUCUGUCCCAGCGGACAGUACUGCAAGACAGAGAACGGAAGGCCGACCUGCGUCAACACUACUCCAGGACUCGUUGACGAAAUGUUUGCAGAGGACGACGGUGGCGAGAAGAAGGACCUGGCCAGGCGCGACGACGAGACCCAGAAACCCAGCGGCAGCAGCGGCAGCGGUUACCCCGCGGGAUCCGGCUAUCCGGAUUCGAGCCAGACCAAGUCCGCGGAUAACCCGGCCGGCUCCGGUUAUCCCUCGGGUUCUGGAUAUCCGGAUGCUUCGACUGGUGCAAAAACGGCAUCCAGGCCGGUAUCCUCCGGUUACCCGUCGGGUUCUGGUUACCCAUCGGGCUCUGGAUACCCCUCCUCGGGAUCGGGUUAUCCAUCGGGUUCUGGAUAUCCUUCAUCGGGAUCGGGUUAUCCAUCGGGUUCUGGAUACCCCUCCUCGGGAUCGGGUUAUCCUUCGGGUUCUGGAUAUCCCUCCUCGGGUUCUGGCUAUCCGGAUCCAAGUCAGACGCGGACGAGCGCAAAGCCGGUGGCGUCUGGUUAUCCUUCGAGCGGUGGUGGCUAUCCCGGUUACCCCUCGGGUAAUUCGGGUUAUCCGUCGUCGGGCUCAGGAUACCCAGGUUAUCCGAGCCAGGAUCAAUCGAGGAGGACCACUUCGACGAUGAACAACGCGAACAAUAACUACCCUGCCCCGGCUGUGGGUUACAGCAACCCCUACGGUGGUUCCUAUCCUCCUCCUCAAGGACAAUAUCCUGGAUACAAUCCCAACUACCCGCCACCCCAGGGUGGAUACAAUCCGAAUUACCCACCACCACAGGGCGGAUACAACCCGAACUACGGUCCACCACCUACCACGACGAAGAAGCCCGGCAUCAAAGACCAACUCACCAACUUUGCCAAGAACCUCGCUCAGAAGGUUCUGACACAGGCAAUCAUCGACAAGGUUUCGGGACGAAACUGAUUUGAAGCUGCUGAUCGAAAGUAGUUUCUUUGAAUGCCACGAAUGUUGCUUUUCUCUUGCUCUCUAUAAAGAUGACUCGACUGCUUAUUAGAUGGUCACUGCGCAAAAGAAUACUCAAUUCUACACAUCCUUUUUUUUCCUUGUUCUUAUUUAUGUGAACAUGAUCAAUAAAUUUAAUUUAAUUUAUAUAA